AGAGAGAAUGCGUGCGCGCGCGUCUCUGACUGUGCCUGCGUGUGUACAUGUGUACGAGCGAGAGACAACAGAGCAAACAGUUGGAAAGGGGCCAGCGCGAGGGAGCGAAAGAGCGAGUGAGUGGUAAAAGGCGCGUAGAAGAAAGAGAACAAAUUCAGUGAGCAGCUAAGCAACGCGGCGCAGUAAAGUGCGGUAGCAAAAGGCGAAGUCUCAGCUCACUUUCGGGAAAAAAACUCUUUGCACAUACACAUCGACAACUCCCACAUCGCAGGUCACACUCCAGAUCAAGUUCGUCCGAAGUGCUAGAAUUGUGCGACGUCGUUCCGGACGUUUUUGGAUAAGAUACGUUGUGCGACGUAAUUAUCGUCGGAGAGUUUUUGCCCCUUUUUGCGCAACUUAGUACUGAAUAUAAAUCUGGUAUGAAAAUGAAGAUUCCAACCGGUGGUUCUGGUAAUGGAUACUAUGGGCAUGAAAGCAGUGUCAUUUCAUACUUGGACAAUGUAGAAUCAGAUGCCGAUGUUCCAGCAACAGCUGAGGACGAUUUUUCAGAGUAUAUGUGGAUGGAAAAUGAAGAAGAAUUUGAUAAGCAGGUACUCCAACAGUUAGAAGAAGAAGAAUUAAUGGAAGAAUGCUUAGAAGCAAUGUUGGAAGAAGAAAGGCAACAUGAAAGAAAUCAAACCUCCAGUGCUUGGUGUACAGCUACAAGUACAGAAAACAAUGGUGCUGAAUUGUGCCAACAACUCAAUAGUCUCCGAGUUCAUGACGACAUUGCUAAACAAAGUACGUUAAAUCCUAAUGCAGCAGAGUUCGUCCCAACCUUCAAAUUGAGUGCACCACCAGAAAUCAGUGCGAAAUCGUCGUAGAGGUUCCUUAAUUAUUCUUACUUAUGCAGAAUAACAGAUCUUUAGAUUACUGAAAUGUCCAGAAUCCUUUUCCCCUUUUACCCAAGGUCGAAUGAUUAUCUUCAGAGAAUUCUGUUAGGCGUUGCGAGUCAACGAUAUAAGAUUAUAAACGUCAAAUUAGAUGAAAAAAAGAUGCGCAGAGUAGUUAUACUUAAAAACGUAAUGCGAAAAUCAGGUUUAAUGCUGUCCAAUUUUUAGAUAUGUUAAUUGUCAAAAAAGUGAGUAAGAAAGCACGUGUUUGUUUAUAUAUUCAUAAAAUUUAAUACACAAGAAUUUUAUCAUAGUUUGUAUGAUCGAUAAUAAGUUUCUAUAAUUAUUAUUUUUAUUAAUGGAGUCUCCUGCCUGAAACAUUAUUUUAUAUAUCUUCAGAUUAAGUUGUUCCAUCUAUUUAUUGAUAAAUAUUUAUACACUGUUAUAAUGGCAAAUCAUUCAAACAGGUACUUAAAUAAAAAUCGUAGGAGGAUUUACUAUAUUUGUAUCAUAAAUUAAAAAAUAUUGUUAUGUCACUUUUGCUAAACUUGUGAGCCUCGCUUCAAACUAGUCCAGUCAUUGAGCUUUCUCUCAAAGACAUCCCGGUUUAGUUGAUUACAUCACAAUUCCAUUGUAAUUUCCUUGAUCUUAUCUUCCUUUAUCUUAUCUUUACUUUCUCUCUCGUGCUCAAAGUAAGGCAUAAUAAAAAAAAAACACGUGCAUCAAAAAUAGAAAAAUAUAG